GAGGCAGCGAGUGGACUGUGAUUCAGUCACAGGCUGAGCAGUCGCUGAAGGACAUAGUCGCUGUGUCGCUGCUGCUGCUGCCUUUUCUGUUUUAUCUCCAUCUCUUCUCUUCUCCCCUCAUCGAAGCUUGGCCUCUCCUCCUGUCGUCCUGAAGCGAUGGUGUAAUUAACGGGGCUCUGUGGGAGAGGAACCGCUCUGCCUCCUGUAGGAUCCUUUUGCCAAUCGCUGACUCUCGCCUCAGUGCUGGAAAUAAAUGGAAGGGAACACUCGCUCUGCCACCAGGCAACUGGGGAUUCCUCUGACUGUGAAGUGGGAUUUUUGAUUUCUCUUUCUUGGACUUUGCAGAGUGAAUUUCCAUCUGGACGUUUUUUUUUUGUUGUUGUUUUGUUUUGUUUUUUUACAGAAAACUUUGAGGGUUUUCUACAUUAAACAAACUGAAGUUCUCUACUUGGCAGCAGGAAAACAGGUGGGAUUGGUGGGUUUUAAAGCUCCACAGCUCAGCCUCCUGCUGAGAUCCACCAGGACCCUGACAAAUCGCACUCAGUACUUAAGUCAAACUGAACUCCACACCCUCACACUUAGAAGUAAACGAGGAAUCUUUCCUGACUGGAGGCUGGAUUCCCAUCUCGGCGUGACGGGGAGGAGAGCGUGCACUCAUUAGGCGGUUGGGGAAGAAGAUGCCAGCCAUCCUGGUGGCCUCAAAGAUGAAGUCGGGACUCCCCAAACCCAAACCGGUGCACAGCGCCCUGCCCAUCCCCCAGACCCCCAGCAGGCCGUCAGCUCUGGCUCUGCCUCCGGCGCCGCUCAAGACCCACAUCCCGUCUCUGGGCCAGCAGGUGGGCUCGAGACCCCCUACAGUUUCGAGAGGAAACGCAGCAGAGUCAGAAAGUGUCGGAAACACUCAGAUUUACACGGACUGGGCCAACCACUACCUUGCCAAGUCAGGACACAAGCGUCUGAUCAAAGACCUGCAAACAGACGUCACAGAUGGAGUGCUGCUGGCUGAGAUCAUACAGGUCGUAGCCAAUGAGAAGAUUGACGACAUCAAUGGCUGCCCCAAGAGCCGUUCUCAGAUGAUUGAGAACAUCGAUGCCUGCCUCAGUUUCCUGGCAGCCAAAGGAGUCAACAUCCAGGGUCUGUCUGCAGAAGAGAUUCGGAAUGGCAAUCUGAAAGCCAUCCUUGGCCUCUUCUUCAGCUUGUCCCGCUACAAACAGCAGCAGCAGCAGGCCCAGCGUCAGAACUCCCAGCCGGCCCUCCCGGCCCAGUCCCAGAGCGCCCACCCUCCCCUGAGCCAGCAGAGCAGCGCCCCGGCCCAGCUCGGCCACCCUCCGCAUGGGACUCCGGCCCUCCCAGCCCAGAAAGCAGCGCAGGCCGAGAUGCAGUCCAGGGAUGGGUGUCAGAGUAAACUGCUCAAGUUUUCCCUUGGUCAGAAAAAGACCUCUAGACUUCCUGGCCCCACGACGAGGGUGUCCACUGCCGGCGGUGACAUCCCUCCGAGAGGUUCGGUCAGCGCUGCUGGGAACCGACGCAGUCAGGGCUUCAGUGACAAAACCAAAGCCAACUCACACCUGAACAAAGAUUCCUCAGAGGGCAUGACCUCACAGCCGUCGGUGAUGACUGAGCAUGCUCCGUCAUCUGCAGUGACCGUCAGCUCCUCCACCAGCAUCCCAGCCACUACCUCCACACUGAUUCCUCCCUCCUCAUCCACGGCCAUUCCUCAACCCAACAGCAACAGCAAACCCUGGAGGAGCAAGUCGACCAGCUCCAAACACACCUCGUCCAAUUCCCCCACCUCCACGAGCCCCUCCCCGACCGCCAUGCAGUCCGUCAAGCAGGAGAAGGACACCUCCAGUAAGGGUGCUCCAUCAACAGAAGCUCCGCCUAAAGCUGUCACUCAGAAAUCAAUGCUGGAGAAGCUUAAACUCUUCAACAGUAAAGGAGGCUCCAAAUCUUCCACCACGUCCUCCAAUGGAGUAUUAGCCCAGACGGAUAACGCAGCCCCAGGCAGGCAGCCCGGAGUGGGGCAGGUGGAGAGAGCUGAGACUGGCUCCAACACCGACCCCCUGGAGGAGGAUGAUGGCAACGUCCGGCCGGGACUGAACGGGACCAGCAACGGGACGGCCUUCGGAGCAGCUCCAUCAGCAGGUACCACCGUCUCUACGACUGCCAGCAGCCCGAAAAUCGCUCUGAGGGGCAUCGCCCAGCGCACUUUUAGCAGAGCUUUGACUGCCAAGAAGGGUUCUGUGAAAGGCCCUGAGAAAGACAAGGACAAGGAGAGGGGGAAGGAGAAGGAGAAAGACAAGGAUAAAGGGAAGGAGGUGGGCAAACGCACCUCCGUCCCUGACAGGACAGAGCUCAGGGGAGAGGAGAGCAAGGACGAAGCAGCAUCUACUGCUGUAGACGCCGACGGCUCCAACAAAAGGACCUCUAAAAUUGCCAGUUUCAUUCCUAAAGGGGGUAAAGUGGCCAAAAAGGAGAGCUCCAUGCCUGCACACAGCGGAAUACCAAAGCCGGGAGGUAAAGCCCCAGGAGUCGGGGGCAAAGCCUCCUCAGUGAAGGAGGCGGUGGAGAGGCCUCGGAGCAUGAGGCUAGGAGGGGGGCUGGCGAUGCACCGUGGCCCCCUGGACAGAGACAGGGACAGCAGACACUCCAGCUCUACCUCCAGCCUGGCCUCCACAGAAGGGAAGAGCAGCGCCGCCCCGGUGGCCGGAGGAGGCACCACACAGAGCACCGCCAGCAACACCGUCAGCGUGCAGCUACCUCAGACCCAACAGCACCACAGCCACCCCAACAUGGCCACCGUGGCACCUUUCAUGUACAGAUCCCAAACGGACGGCGAGGGAACGGUGAACGCCGAGACGGGUUCAGGAGGAAGAGGUGGAGACGUUUCCUUCACCAAGACCAGCCAGACCUCCAUCGAGGACCUCUCAGGUGAAGAUCCAGAGACAAGGAGGUUGCGAACUGUCAAAAACAUAGCAGACCUGCGGCAGAACCUGGAGGAGACCAUGUCCAGCCUGCGAGGAACUCAGGUCACACACAGCACCUUGGAAACCACCUUCGACGGCAGCGUCACCACAGACAUCAGCAGCGGCGGUGGAAGCGGUGGUGGCAGCGGCAACAACAGCGGAGGCAGUCGAAGCAUCCUCAGCCUCACCUCUGCCCGCCCAUCGCUGUCGUCAUGGCGACUGGGCCAGUCCAGCCCUCGUCUGCAGGCGGGCGACGCCCCCUCUCUGGGAAACGGCUACGGCGGCCGGGCGGUCGGUAGCCAGGGAGGACGCUACCUGUACCCCGGCCACCUCCGGAGGCAGCUGGCCGGCCGGGGAGGAGCUCUGUGCAGCGUGGAGCUUGGAGACAGAGCCGGGGAGGACAUCGACCUGGACGGCAUCACCAUGGAGGUGACGGGAUACAUGAGCGACGGAGACGUGCUGAGCAAGAACGCUGUGCGCACUGAUGAUGUCACCAGCGGCUACAUGACUGACGGAGGUUUGGGUCUGUACACGAGGCGUCUCAACCGCCUUCCCGACAGCAUGGCCGCCGUUCGAGAGACGCUGCAUCGGAAUACGUCGUCAGGACAGGGAGAUGCUGACAGCUGGGAUGACAGCAGCUCUGUGAGCAGCGGCAUCAGCGACAACAUCGACACAGAUGACAUCAACACCAGCUCCUCCAUCUCCUCGUACGCCAACACGCCGGCAGCACAGCGCAAAGGCCUCAACGCGCAGCCUGUGACGGAUGCAGAGAAGCACUCGGCCUCUACAGCGGUGCACCAGUCCUGGUCGGGAGAUGAGGUGAAGAGGCCGGACGGCGGGUCAGACAGCGGGGUCAGGAUGGAGCCAGGAUCCAAAUGGAGCCGCCGGAACCCCUCCGACAUCUCAGAUGAGUCCGAUAAGGGAGGCUCAGGCAGGAAGACCCCCUCGGUGUCCCACACAGGCUCCUGGAGGAGGGGAAUGAGCACUCAGGUGGGGGUGACGUCCCCCCGGACCAAAAGCACCGGUAGCACCGGAUCUACGGGCUCAGUCGGCCUCAAGACCCACAGUUCAGGUAAAACGGAUGAUGUCAAGGUGUCCGAGAAAGGUCGUCUCUCUCCUCGUGCUAACGGCCUCCACCGCUCGCCGUCAGAUGCCGGACGCAGCAGCGGCGAUGAAGCCAAGAAACAGUCGAUCCCCAGCAGCCGCACACCGACCACAAACACACUCACACACACAGUGUCAGAUCCACACUCCCAGACGCACACGCUGACCUCACGGACCCCAACCAGCACCUUCGGCUUCAAGAAGCAGGGUCCCGGGAUGGUUACCAUGGUGACCGCCAGCGGUGCCACCAUUACCAGCGGUUCAGCCACCCUGGGGAAGAUGCCUAAAUCGGGGGGCCGCUCACUGUCUGGAGGGCUGAAGGCUGGCGGGCAGGAUGGAGGCUCCAUCCUGGGACACCAUGACGACGGCUUCCUGCCCAUGAGCGCCCGCUCCACGCUGCAGUACCGCAGCCUGCCCAGACCCAGCCGGUCCGGGGCAGCUGCCCGCAACGGGAACCGAUCCUCCACCAGCAGCAUCGAGGCCGCUGUGCUCUCCAUCACCUCACACGGGAAAAACUCCAUCAGCUUAGCCAAGGCCAACGGCUCAGCAGGGCUUCUGGCCAAUCAGACGGACCGAGAGAAGGGGGUCUCUGACAUCGACAACCUCAGGAGCGGAGCGGCGAUGCAGAGUGGAGGAGCUGCGACGGUUCCUCUGACAGGAAGACAGCAGGUUUCUUCACCGACGCUUCGCAGGUUAUUUGGUGGGAAGCCCAGCAAACAGGCUCCAGUCACCACGGCUGAGAACAUGAAGAAUUCUACCGUCAUCUCCAACCCGCACGCUACCAUGAACCACGUGGCCACGGUGCUGGAGUCCCCUGACGGAGGGCUGGCCAGCGUGGACAUGGACACCAGCAGCUCCCUGUUUGGAGGCCGAGCGCUGGGAUCAGGCAUGGGGACGCUGGGCAGCGAGCAGGCCUCCAGCCCCGGCUCGGUUUACUCCUCCACCGGACCCUCCAACAGCCUGACGUGGGGAACCACCUUCAGCAGCUCCUCCGUCCCCAGCAGGGAGGGAACGUUGGGCGGCCACGGCGGAACAGGCAGCGUGGGUUUCCCCUCCGUCAGCAGCAUGCACACCAGCAGCGAGUCCAUCGACAUGAGCCUGGGCAGCGCCGGAGGAGGUGGUGGCCUCUCGACCCACAGGGAGGAUACGCUGUCAGCUCUGGGCCGAACCGGCAGCAUCAAGACCGGCAUGUCUGAGAGUCCCCUCUCCUCCCCCUCAGCUAGCCCUAUAUUCAGCCGAAACACGCUGCCUCGGAAGCAGGACAGCGGGCCACAUUGUGGUAGAAACACUCUGCCCAAGAAGGGACUCAGGUAUGGACCGUCGCCACAGCUGCGAGGCCACGAGGAGGCCCGUGAUUGGCUGCGCUCCCACUCCACCAGCGGGCUGCAGGACUCGGCCAGCAACUCCCCGUUCUCCCCCGGAUCCAGCCUCACCUCCCCCUCCGGCACCCGCUUCAACUUUGGACAGCUCGCAUCCAGCCCGACCUCAGCAGCUCAGAUCAACCUGGCCGGCAUGCGCACCAACAGCCUGACCAAUCAGGACGUCCCCUUCGACCCGUGCGGCGACAACCGACUGAGAAACUCCUGCAUGUCGCUGGACGAGAAGACUCGCACCAUGAGCCGGUCUGGAUCCUUCAGGGACGGAUUCGAAGAAGUUCACGGAUCGUCUCUGUCUCUGGUCUCCAGCACUUCUUCCAUCUACUCCACGAAUGAGGAGAAGUCCCAGUCGGAGAUCCGCAAGCUGCGCCGGGAGCUGGAUGCCUCCCAGGAAAAAGUUUCCGCCCUCACGACACAGCUGAGCGCCAAUGCUCAUCUGGUGGCAGCGUUUGAACAGAGUCUGGGUAACAUGACCAUCAGACUGAAGAGUCUCACCCUGACAGCCGAGCAGAAGGACUCGGAGCUGAACGAAUUGAGGAAAACCAUCGAGCUGCUGAAGAAGCAGAACGCCGUCGCUCAGGCUGCCAUCAAUGGAGUCAUCAACACACCUGAACUAGCACCUAAAGGGGAUCGGACAGCUGGCACUAACGGUAGUCCGCAGCAGCAGCAGCAUCAGCAGCAGAACCAGCCGCCAGACCUUCGCAUCAGGAGGCAACAUUCCUCAGAUAGCGUCAGCAGCGUCGCCAGCGCAACCAGCCACUCCAGCGUGGGCUCCAACAUGGACGCCGACGCCAAAAACAAGAAAAAGAACAAGAAGAACUGGCUGAGAAGCUCUUUCAAACAAGCGUUCAGCAAGAAGAAAUCUCCCAAAUCGGCCUCAUCGCACUCCGACAUCGAGGAGAUGACCGACUCGUCGCUGCCGUCUUCACCGAAACUGCCUCACAAUGGAACGUCAGGCACUGGACACAUGCUGAGGAACACACACUCCAACACACUAUUGUCGGAGUGCUUGGACAGCGAGGCUGAGACGGUGAUGCAGCUUCGCAGUGAGCUCAGGGAGAAGGAGAUGAAACUGACCGACAUCCGGCUGGAAGCUCUCAGCUCUGCACAUCAGCUGGACCAGCUCCGGGAGGCCAUGAACCGCAUGCAGCUGGAGAUCGAGAAGCUGAAGGCGGAGAACGACCGUUUGAAGCUGGAGAACCAGGGCAGCAGGACGGGCUCCCAGGCCUCCAUCUCGUCCUCUCCUCCCCCACACACCCACAGCCAGAACCCAGGACCUGGACCUGGACUCUCCCAGCACAGCCUCAACCUCACCACCAGCGAGUCCACCAGCCUGGACAUGCUGCUGGACGACACCGGCGGUGAGGGAGGGAUGAGGAAGGAGGGACGACACGUGAAAGUUGUCGUCAGCCUGGAUGAGGACAGAAAGUGGGGAGAGGAGGGCCGAACUCGUCAUUUCCUGAUUGGUUGCAUCGGCGUGAGCGGGAAAACUAAGUGGGACGUCCUUGAUGGAGUAGUCAGACGUCUUUUCAAGGAGUACAUCACCCACGUGGACCCGGUGAGCCAGCUGGGUCUGAGCUCAGACAGCGUUCAGGGUUACAACAUCGGAGAAAUCCAUCGACCCAGCAGCCCCAGCGCCGCCCACACGCCUGAGCUGCUGCCCUGCGGAUACCUGGUGGGAGACAACACCAUCAACAUCCAGCUCAAAGGUGUGAGCAGUGAAAACGUGGACUCUCUGGUGUUCGACACUCUGAUCCCGAAGCCGAUGCUGCAGCGCUACGUGUCGCUGCUGAAGGAACACAGACGAGUGAUUCUGUCGGGACCCAGCGGAACAGGAAAGACCUACCUGGCCAAUCAGCUGUCUCGACACCUGCUGCUGCUGGAGGGUCGACCUCUGACCCCAAAUGCUGUCGUCACUUUCAACGUGGACCACAAAUCCAGCAAGGAGCUGCGUCAGUACCUGUCGGGUCUGGCUGAGCAGUGCAGCAGUGUUCCAGGAUCAGACAGCCCUCUGGUGGUCAUUCUGGACAACCUGCACCACGUCAGCAGCCUGGGAGAAAUCUUCAAUGGCCUCUUCAACUGCAACUACCAGCACUGCCCCUACAUUAUCGGCACCAUGAGCCAGGCUACGUCAUCUGCCCCAAAUCUGCAGCUUCACCACAACUUCAGGUGGGUGCUUUGUGCCAACCACAUGGAGCCAGUUAAAGGAUUCCUCGGUCGCUAUCUGAGGAGGAAGCUGAUCGAGACGGAGAUCGGCAGCCGGACACGCAACAUGGAGCUGGUGAAGAUCAUCGACUGGGUGCCGCGGGUUUGGCAUCACCUCAACCGCUUCCUGGAGACACACAGCUCCUCCGACGUCACCAUUGGACCCCGUCUGUUCCUGUCGUGUCCCAUGGACGUGGAGGGAUCCAGGGUUUGGUUCACCGAUCUGUGGAACUACUCCAUCAUCCCCUACAUGCUGGAGGCCGUACGGGAGGGACUGCAGCUGUAUGGCCGCAGGGCUGCCUGGGAGGAUCCGGCUGCCUGGGUGAUUGACUCCUACCCCUGGUCAGCUACGCCUCCUCCAGCCGACUGGCCUCCACUGCUGCAGCUCCGCCCGGAGGACGUGGGCUUCGACGGAUACUCUGCCCCCAGAGAGGGAGUCAGGAAGGAGCCACCACAGAGCGACAGUGACGCAGACCCACUGAUGAACAUGCUGAUGCGUCUGAAGGAGGCGGCGACGUCGUCGAGCCCUCAGAGCUACGACAGCGACUCCAACAGCAACAGCCACCAGGACGACAUCCUGGACACGUCGCUGGAGUCGACCUUGUGAUGCCUGAAAACGCAGCACUGGGAUCUGUUUUAUGAAGAAAAAAAAAGAACAUUUUUAUUAAAAAUAAACUUUUCUCACUGAGUAUAAUUUCAUGCCACAAAAUCCAGCCACCUUAAUUUGGGUGCAGGUAACCCGAAUACAGAAACUAAAGAAGACAAAGUAAGACGGUUAAAAUUGCAUUUCAGUAAACGGGCAACAAAAGUUUCUACUUUUUCUGCACUGCGCUGUUUUUUGUUUUUUUUUCACCGCUGUGGCCCGCGGCUCCUCUGUCAGGAGCCAAACAGACAGAAUAAAAGCACACAGCCUGUCCCUGUUGGUGAGGCGUCAUCAUCACCAUCAUCACCAGCCAUCCGUUGACUGAAACACCAGCCAGGAGUCCUCCAUCCUCCCCUGAGCCGCAGCGUCACACCAGCUCAUCAGGCCACAAAACUCCAGCUGCAGUGAGCCGGAGCUGCCUGCAGAUGGCGAUACAAGCCCUCGUGGUCAAACUCUGCUCCCACCUGCUGAGAAACACGAACUGCUGCUGCAGAUUGGACGGAUUAACAGCCAGCCGCUUUCUGCUCCUCGUCCACCUCAUAUGGCUGAAGUUGCCUGUGUGAUUGCUGGAGGACGAAUCGAGCCAAAGUGAAUGUUAAGUCCGACAACAAAAAGCAACUUCUCAGAGAAAUCCUCCGUUUUACAAACAAAUUACAAUAUGUGUCAAAGCCAAGACAAUACUGAUACAAAGAGCUCCUACAGCAUAGUUUUUGCAGAAAAGAGAUGAGAACUGGCGUGUUUCUAUCUGCAAAACCCCUAAUUGAAUAUGUUAGCAAGGAAAUUAACAAACAGCGUGGCAAUAUCAAAGUGCAUACAAAAAAAAUCUAAGGAGAAAAGCUUCAAUAUUUGGACCAGAAAUACUCACCACAAUUCCUGCUAUACUUAUUUUUUGAUUGGAUAAACAGACAGUAGUCAGAUUUACUGAAAAAACGCAGUAGGUAGUUUUACAAAUGUCAUUUAUUAACGUCCUUGAUCUCACAAAAAGGCUUUUACAGUGUUUGAGGUAAAAUCCUUGAAUUAACAAACUGAGUUUUAAACCUGAACUCUGAGUUUAAUAAUUCUGAGCUGUCAAACUCACAGCUUUUGGUUUCAGAGCAAGUGAUAAUGAGUUGAAUUAUUAACAAAUAACUAUUGUUAGUUAACAAAAACAAGCUGCAACACAAAUGAUUUGUUUUGACAUGGUGACAAUGUCUCAUAAUAAUUAUUAAGGCUAAAAAUAUGUUCCGAUAAAUGAUCAAUUAUGCAGAAAAAAGCGCCAAACAGAUGAUCAUCAGUCAAUAAAUACAUCCAAGCAGGGUCGGAGUAUUUAAGCCUCAAAGUUAGCUAGUGCUUCAAGAAAUGUCUUUUCUGACACUUUCUUCAGUUAAAUGGGAGUACAAACUCAGGGUUAACUGAUGAAAAUGUGCACGCGAGAAAGUUGGUUUGACAGAGUGUUGCCUCAGAGUUAAGCUGAAAUUGAGCUGACUCACUAUGUAAUACGGAAAACCUCAAAUUUUCUUUCUUGAAAUCUGACUCAAUUCUCAGUUUUCACUAAACCUGCUUUGUGAAACAGAUUCUGCUGAGCUUCUGUCUGCAAAUCUAUAAUGGCAAACACGGUAACAAGUAAGUCAGAAAACACUGUGUUGACUAUGUGUAAGCCCAUGGGGAAAAAGAAUCUGAUUUAAGGAGACAAACUUGGUCAGUGGAACCAAAAAUACUCACCACAAUCCUCCCCAAUGUUUUUUUUUUUUUUUCAUUUGUAGUUGGUACAUCAUAUGUUCUUUCCAUGAAGGUUUCUCAUAACAGAGAGGGAGUUGUUCCCUCCAAGUAGUUCCUUUGAAAUGAUGCACAGUGCAGAGGUUUUAUGAACUGAACACAUACAACAAAGCUUGUCAACUUUAGCCAAAAUCUGAUUCACAGAAUAUCUUUAAAUUCCUGCAAACUGGGGAAUUAGCAUUCACCAUGGCUGGAUUUGUCCUUUUAAACUCUGACAGUGUUUGAAAUAAUGUCCUGUGUGUUGUAGCAUCCGAUGUAAUUUCACUAAUAACGCCUCUACCACUUGCUUUGACCCCUUAAUAAUCCCUCGAGAUCUCCACGCACAUUGGCCCAAGCAGGCUGUUGUAGCACAAACCCCCUUUGGUGCUGGACUGAAUCCAAACAAACAAUGCCUUACUCUUUUCUAACAGAUUAUGUGCAUUAGCCGAUGAUUCUUUUUUUUUUUUUAAAGUCUAAAUGGCUGUAAACUUAACAGGGCUCCAAGUCGACUCGCCGUCGACCUCUCAUCAUAUCAAUCACCAAUGCCGUGGGAUUGAAGAGAUGCGAAUGAGAAGCUUUGGGUUUCAAAUUAAGUUGUAUGCAUGCAUGACCCACCAGCUGCUGGGACAAUGGUGUAAAUAUCUGGACCGCUAGCGAGAAAGAAAACUAUUUAAAUGUGAUUUUGUUUUGGUGCUCGAAAUCAGAACUUGUUGCAGGUUGAUUGGGUGAGGGAAAGUUUAAGAAGAUUUUAUACCUCAUCCCCAUCCUAUAACUGUGCUUUUGCCAUGCUUCUUGUCUGUUUUGAUUAUGUGAUGUGAUGAACAGAACCGUCAUAACAAACAUGUUGAACUAAUUAAGUGAAAACUAGUGUAUAUGCUGCUUUGUUUAUAGUGAUAUAAUUAAUCAGAGGUUAAAGUUAUAAAAGGUACUUUGUUGUGAGCCUGCCUUUUGGUAAAAGGCGGGUGGGCGGGCGUCUAAAUCCGGGGUCAUGUAGUCCAGCAUGGCUUCCAUCGCUUUCAAUGUUUCUGUCACCGAUCCUAUGCAACAUUCAUUCUGAUCUCCAAGUGGAAGCCAAAAGCCGAAUGUGUGUUUGUCCCCCCCGAGCAGUACUGCCCAGAGACGUACAGCAUGGAACCAGAUUUGUGAAGUUUUGAGGCCAAUGUUCUUUGUCCAUGUGUGUGUGUUUGAUAAAAGGAUCUCCUGCUACUGUCCCUGUAAGCACAAAGACUGAUUCUGUUUGUCUGUGUUAAAGCCUGCUCAGAGAGGUGCAGAUGUCGUCGAAACAUUUGACAUUUUAUUACUCACAAACUCAAUGAAUGUUUAGCCUUCUUAGCCAUGUACAUUUUUUUAUAUGUAACAUAACUGUGUAAAUAGAUGAUUAUCUCGCAGCAUUUUGAUGAAUUUUUCUAGCCGAUUUGUUACAGUACUUGAAAAGGAGUAUUUUGUGUACAGUCUCUUUACAUCAGAGCAGAUUGAUGCGGUUUGUCAUCGCUGGUCUGUCCAGGGCUCGGAGAAUUUAAUCUAUCACUGUACUAGUCUUAAGUUAUUGUGAUUCAAUAAAAUUAAUGAUUAUUUAUGAUUGAA